AAAGUUGACCCGAAUGAUAAAGAAGCCGUAAAUAUUGCUAAGAUGGCUUUGGAGUACAUAGAAGAAGAGGGAAAAGGAAAUAUUUCAUUCACCCAGGGAGAAGAUGCCCUCACCAAGGCUAUGGGAAAAAAGGAUCACCGUGGGCGUGUCAAGGCAACAGGUGGAGUUAAUGUCGGUUACAAAGUUGCUUUCGGUCCAAUAGACCGAAGUAGUAGAUGUGGCCAUAUUGAACCAUCACCGGAGGCUAUCGAAUCAAUCAGAGCUUCGGUGAGAAGGGAGUUUGAAGAUCAAUUAGAGAGAAAGGUGGCGGAGGCCCUCCAAAACCAACUAGCCACAUUGAAAGCAACCGGUCAACUACACACCCUCUCUACCCCCGCACUUGAUUCUGCUCUUGUAAGUGAUGAGUUUGAUGUUAACCGUGCACUCGUAACCUGUUGUCCGAGUUCAUCGCAGCAACCACGCGAGCUGAAGGCCAUAACUCCAUGUCGUCUUGCCCUUGAGGAUAAAGUUUUGGGUAACAAAGUGAUAGUGGCAGAUGGUAUGGCGUACCCAUUGGAUGGUUCGUUGCACCAACACUUUAGAUCGAUGAAGCCUAGUCAUUAUAAGGUCCAAGUUGAUUGUAUUUACGACGGACAUGAUGAUGACACUCUUCCGGUACCUACUGGAGAUGGAUUCAAUAACUUAGGCAGGGCUCUUGCUAGUUUUGUGCAAUGGCCAAUUCACUUGGUGAUUUUCGAAGAAGACGAGGAGUACUCUACUCCACGCCCAACAAAGAAGUCCAGGAGUCAGAUUUUUGAAGAGGUGGUUGGUAGCUCCAAAGAGAAGAAAAACGAAUUAAUUGUCAAAGAGAAGACAACAGAAUUAGUUGUCAAAGAUAAGACAACAGAAUUAAUUGUCAAAGAGAAGGCAACACUUGAUUUAGGGUCCAAAGAGAAGACAACACUGAAGUUAACGGCCAAGGGAAAUUCAUGCUCAAAUAAGUUGGAGUCGAAAUCGAAGUCGAAGAACUCUAAGACGGCCAAAGAGAUGGUAGGUAGUUGUGAUCGUAAAACUGAAGAAUCAGCCGCCAAAAGUAAGAAGCAAAAUUUGGCAGACGACACAAUUCAAGGUCUUGGCCCAUCAUGCAAUUAUUUGAAGUUUAUCAUCAAUACGGCGCCCGGUGAUGUAUAUAAAAAUACUUCAAUCCCAUUGCCCGCUUCGGUUUGGCAUUAUGACGAAGAUCGACAAACUUAUGUAAAUGAGGUUGACGUUGAAGAGUUCCUUAGAGGGGCGUGCCUCAACAUUUCAGUGAUCCAAGUCUAUAUGAUGUGUUUAUUCCACGAACACACCUUUGCAUUUGACAACUCUCAGAUUGGGUUUGUUUGUCCCGAGGCAAUGUCAAGCUCUAGAAUCAAGGCCAACCCUCAGGCUGCAUCAAUGUAUUUGAAAGUAGUUUUCAAUGCUGAAAUUGAAAAGGAGAAGAAGGGUGAUCCUAACAUUACCAAGUGGUUUUUGAUCCCAUACCAUCAAGAAAAUCAUUGGAUUUUGUACGUGUUAGACCUACGUAGAGGUUGUGCGUAUAUUUUCGACUCUGCGAUAGGUUCCAACCGAGAAAAUAGUGCAUGGGGAAUCUUGUGUUUGGCAUACCAAGUGUACAAGUUUAAUGAUGGGAUUUGUCCGAAUAGAGCGACUAUGCAGGGGUUGAAAGGCUUCCAUGUAAAGUGUGCUCAACAAGUCGGCGCCCACGAGUGUGGCUAUUACGUUAUGAAGUUCAUGCAUGAAAUAGUCACGUUACACCAUAACACUGAUGAGCGGUUAGACAAUGCUUACACUCCAAGAAAUGCGCCUUAUACCGAUGAGGAAAUAGAUGUGGUUCGUGAGCAAUGGGCUAAGUUUUUUACAACCGAGUAUUUAUUUACUUAGGUUGUUUAGACACAAAGAUGGAAGCGUUUAUAUCUUCAUGGAUUUGGCUAGGGAUCGAGUCGAUUGGAAGAAAGUCAACACGACCUUACUUAAGGUUUGUAAUGCAUGAUCUAAAGGGACCUAAGUGGCUGGAUUAGAGACAUUUGUUAGAUUAGCUCUCUAGCCUUUUGUCUUUAGUUGUUAAUAUUAGUUGUAAUUUGUUAGACUAGCUAGGUGUUUAAAAAUUGUAAACAUACGUACUAUAUAUACGCUUUGCUCUGUUGGGUUAAUAUAAAUGAAGUUAAUGUAAUGAUUUAUUUAUCAAAGAUAAGCAGAUUCAUACCUUUGCUAUUUUGGUGUUGAUUGGGUACAGGUUUCAAUACUCAAUGGAGUAUAUAUCUAGUUGUGGUUAUUGCCGCCUAUUUUAUAUUUUAAAAGAAUUUGGAAAAAAAAAA